GUACAGGUUAAAUCUGCUCUUCCUCUGGUCUCUUGGCCACAAAUCAUCGUCGCUGCAGCAAGUCCCGUCCUUGCCCGUCGUCCGUCGAGCUUCGAGCGCCAUUUAUCGCUCAUGGCGCCUGCCGCCUCUCCUGCUCAUGGGUCGUCGAAAGACUCACGUUCCUGGCACCCUGUUAAAGUCAUGAAUAUGAGCGACUUGUCCAAGGACGACGACUUCCUCAGCCAUCUCCUCGUCGAGAAGCUCGGCACAGGCGCAGUACCCUUACUCGUGCACAAAAUGGAUUCAUCACGUAGGCUGCCCAAGUGCGAUGCUCAGCAACUGUUGAAGAUUGUGCGACGCCUCGUUGCUGUAAAGGGGCCUGUUCAAGUCGCCACACGCCAGGCGGUCGAUGAACUACUCCUCUUGGGACCCAUCCGUUAUUACUUCGAAUCUGAGGGCUACAGCAAGCACCAAAGGAACGCGUUUGCCACCCAUGCAUCACGAUAUUUCGAGCUCUAUCAUCCUUCAGGCUCCAUCGAGAUAUCUCAUACCUCCCGCUACUCGCACAGGACCGGCAAGUCCGAGCUCUGUAUCCUAGCGACACGCAAUCUCCCCACUGGCACCGUAAUAACUGAACUAAAGGGCUCCAUGGCCAACCUUAGCGAGGAAGAAGAUCGAGAGCUCAAGCGCACCGACCUCGUGAACUCAGAUAUUCGGCGAGACUUUAGCGUCAUUCAUUCGAAGUCUAUGAAGAAGAACCAUCUGUUUUUGGGGCCGGCCCGAUUUGUCAAUCAUGAUUGUGAUAAUAAUUGUGAACUUUUUCGUGAGGGAAGGUACAUCACGUUUCGUACUCUACGGCCAAUAGCCAUUGGGGAGGAGAUAACAGCACAUUAUGGGGAUAGUUACUUCGGCCGGCGGAACAAGCAUUGUCUAUGCGAGACAUGCGAAAAGAAGGGCAGAGGAGGAUAUGCCCCUGAUCAGGACGACGAUGACCCUGCUUCUGAUUCUGACUCUGAUAUCGAUGAACGCGAUAUGCCUGAAAACGGCGAAGAAGAUGCUCCCGUGGAUGUAAAUCUGAACGAAAGGCGCACUCGCCGGGGUGUAUAUGCCAUUUCUCGCCAACAGGAUGAAUCAGACGAAAGUGAUGAAGAAGGAGACGACGCCGUACUUGCUGCCGAUGCGAAGAACAUUCCAGAUGAAGCCGAGAUAGAGAUGACGGCCGAAAUCGAAAGCGAGUCUGACCUCACCUCUCUGACUUCAGGAGGGACCAGCGACGAGCGGCUGUCUUCUCUGUCUUCAAUCCCAACUUCUCCUCUAACACCUUCGCGGUCCUUGUCCUCUCUCAGUUCUCUUACAUCAGUAGAAGACUCUGCGCCCCCGCCACCGACCACGCCACAAUCAUCCAAGUCAACUCCGUACCGAUCCAUUAUUUCGACUCGACGUCAGAAGGCGCGAGAAGCGCAAGAACAGCCCGGCAGCAAUUCGUCUAGUCCGUCUAUCGCAUCCAAGACACCUAUGUCGACGGUCGACAAGCGCGAGACGCGUUCUGCUUCAUCUGGGAAGGGCAAAGAAAAGGAGUCUUCAACCCCUUUGUCGACGCCUUCCCGCGGUAGCAAGGGCAGAGAAAAGGCCUCGCUCAAGGAGCGAGUUAAAGUUAAGAAAGAGGACAGUGAGCCACGAAUCUUGCGUACGCGUCCCGCUCCCGUGGCAAGUUCCAACGACAUUCUGAAGGAACUCCCAAAGUUACCUGAGGUGCCAAGAGAUGCUGACGGGAAACCCCUUCCAUUGUGUGCUACCUGCCACAAUAUUUUGCCGGUUAUAUCUGUCGAUUCAAAGGUUGUCUGGGGCUUGGGGUUGGAGAUAUCGAAGAAGAAGAAGAAUAAGCAAGAUUGUCCCAGAUGUAUGCGCCAUUUUGCCAUUUAUGGUCAGCCAUGGCCGCGUCGUCUCCCUCUACCAGGAUCAGCUUCUGUGUCCGUUGCAACCCCACGGGAAGCCUCGCCUCUUGAUUCCACACCUUCCCGCCGCGUAACUCAUAAGGCUCUUUCUGUUUUGGAUCGCAAGCUCGCAGUAGCCGCUUCGGUUUCUCCCAGAGGUCGAAAACGCCGUUCCCCGGAGGAUGACCAUCCAUCUAAGCGCCAGAAAUUAGACCAAAGGUCGGCCAAGUCGCGGUCUGUUUCCAACGCUCGUUCUCGCGGUCGCGCGCCGCUCAGCGGUGUUCAUAAACGCGUAGUGAGUGCAAGUGCUGGUGCCACCGAGAAGCGGCGUAGGGGCAGGCCACGUAGGCGUAGCUUGUCUGUCAGCGCGAUCGUGAAGCAGGAACCAGAAGACGAUGAUGCUCUGCGGGUUCCACCUGCGCCCUUCAAAGAUCAACCUCGGAAUUGCAAUGGCCGUUUUGAUAGAAAGCCCGGCAUGAAAGGCAGCCCCCGUCGCCGACAGCAUCAGUCCGUGCCUAUUCCCGUUUUAUCCAGAGCUGAACGAGCAAAUGAACGAGAAAAAAUGAAAUUAAGACUAGAGCGGGAGCACGAUGCGGUUUCGUUGUCGGAUGAUGAAGGAUCGAAGCGCUCUCGUGACGAUGAUGACGACGAUGAUGAACACGCAGUCAAGAAGAAGAAACGCGAGCGCAACCUCAAGCCUGUUGGCAUGUCGAGUGGUUCUUUCGUGGCAAAUCCAAGUCCUCAGACCUUUGCCAUGUCGAAAUUGAAAACAGGGUGGAGUCCAGGUGCUGCCAGCGAGUCGUCCGAAGAAAGUGAUAAAGGUCCUGUUACCCCGGAUGAUCAUUUUUCUCCAGAGCCUGAUGUCCGCGUGAGCGUGACUUGGCCCUCAACGCCUUCAUCAGUUGCGCUGACCUUCAAACCUACGCCCGGAAACUUUGCCAGGCGUAAAUUAUCUUUAACCUUCUCGAAACCUUCAACGGAGGGGAGAAUCAGGGAUGCUGUGGAACCAGAUGCUUUGUCUUCGUCUUCCUCCACUAAUGGUGACCAACCUCGUGGGGAGAGGUUGAAUACAGGGUGGAUGAAGGAAGGGGUACGUCGAUAACGGAUGUUAUCUGAGAUCGUUCUUGGACUAACGAGCGGAUGGUUUAGGCCUGUGACCCAAAUCAGAUAUCUGACAUCGAUGGUUUUGGUCGACUUCAGCACAUAUACACUGCCAUUCCAUCUCCGAUGAAAUCAACAAAUAGACUGGUCGGACGGUUAUCCUCAUUUAAAUGCGACAUUCCCCACAGACCGCCUCACUUUAUUAAUGCUGGCUGGGAUUCUUGCUCCGACUCGGGCGAGUAGUCGUUUUAUUUACGUUUUGGACCGUGUUGUCGCGUUGCUAUCGAUUCCCGUCAUUAGUUUUUAUUCUGUCAACAUAUUCUU